UGAUGAUUAACCACAACAAAUAAUUUGCCAUGCUCUGGAAGAAUCGGUGCAGACUUAUGUAAAAAGGAACAAAGUGCUGUUGCAUCAUGGGAAUGCUAUGGACAGCGUCACUAGGGGCAGCGGUUGUUGGAGUAAUGAUUGCUAAUAUGAAUUUCUGGAUGCCUAAAGAGCCAGCUACUUUGAAAUAUUUAGAAGAUACAACACUAAAAAUUUUGGGCAAACACCAUUCUCGAUAUGUAUAUUCUUUCAACUAUCUUGAUAAAGAAAAAACAUAUUUUAAAGCAGCCGAAUUAUUUAAAGAAUCGGGAGCUGUUGUUCUGGUGGUUCGACGGCCCGGAUGAUCUUUGUGCAGAGAGGAAGCUGUAGAGCUGUCCUCUCUGCGAGGUGAACUCGCCAUCGGUAGUGUCCAUGUACCAAUCUUUGCUGUUGUACAUGAGGAACUAGGUGUUGAUGAGUUCGCUGAGUAUUUUGAUGGUGAUAUUUUUCUAGAUGAAGAAAAACGUUUUUAUGGACCCAAACAACGCUGGAUGCUUUGGUCUGGCUUUAUGCGCCCAAAUAUGUGGUUAGGGUUACUGAGGGCAUACAGAAGACAAAUAUCAGGAAAUUUAGAGGGGGAAGGUAGACUUUUGGGUGGCGUCUUUGUGGUUGGUCCUGGUGAUCAGGGUAUAGUUUAUGAACACAGAAAUGCAGAUUUCAGUGAUCAAGCCAACUGGGAUGAGGUGGUGGAUGCAGUACAGCUCAUACAACCCACAAUACCAUAUGGACCAAUGUAAAUCUGCAGUAUGAUUCCUGACAUGCAAACCUACUUGCUAAUAAGGGCUGCUGGUUUCAUGGUUGUAUUUCUGCUUUAUAUACAUACAUGUAUUAUUUACAAGACGCCAUAAUAAAAUUUUCCAAAUAAGGAGGGCAUUCAAAUGUGCUUGUAACACUUUAGAACAUCUGUGUACAUCAUUUUACAUUUUGGAGUGGGUACUCUAGGUCAAGAUUUUCAAUACUGCCAAAACGGGAACAUUUGAAUCAGUUUCAACAUCUGUGAUUAUGAUGUUUAUGUUGUUUACAAGUAAAUUACUCUUAAAAAAGUUUUCUUUACGAAUAAUUAAUUGAGCAGUAAUAAUUUAAUAUUAUCAUAGUGUCAUGACAACCACCGAAUGCACUGUUCAUUUAUUUUGACCAUAUCAUGAAAUUAUAAAUAUUCAUUUAUAAAUAGAAGCCAGUAAUUGAUUAAAUUGUCCGGCUACUUCAAUCAUUUUCUGGGUUUUUUUUUUUGGAGAAUGACAGUUUUUCCUCAUCUUAUAAAUUGCCCCCCCCCCCCACUCUAAAUAAACUGUGAACUCUACAAGUGAUCUUAAUGUUUUUAAAGACAAAUACACUGUAUUAGGGUAGUUGAUAUUUUAGCAAGAACAGUAUUCUUUGAUUUUAUGUCAGUAGAGGUCAUUUCAAUUCAGUUUCAGAAAUUUUAAGGUCAAUCUCAAAGUUUUUUUGUCUCAAAAUGUCAUUAUUUUCAUGUCAAGAUGUUACUGCAAGUUUUUAUGACGAUGUUAACCUAAAGAAUUUAUUCAAGGUUGACAUUUGACCUCUUUGACUAACAGCAUUUACUUGAAAUAGAAGAUAAGAAUAUUUUGCCACAAAAAUAAGAAAGACAGUAUGUAUGAUGAAACUUGAUAAACUUAUUGCAUUGUUUUGAUGAACAUAUUGUAAUAAGAGGACGAUGAUGUGGUGCCAAUAAUAAAAAUAUUUGAAAUACGAAAAA